GGAUCGCUGAGUGGCACGUGGAGAGGCAGUAUUUCACUGCACUGGACGAGAGACAGAGCUGUGGAGGAGGAGAGAGAGAAGGAAAAAAGGUGGAGAGAAGAGGGAAGAGACAGGGCUUCUUAUUAGUCAGACAAGUCAGCGGUGCACCUCCGUUCUCUCCAAGAUCAGCACAGCCCCCUUUGACUGACACACACACACACACACACACACACACUCGUGCGUGCGCACACCCACACCCAGUGCAUGUGUGAGUUGAUGGAAUGCGUCUGACAGGGCGGUCAGCCAGGGUUGAGUCAGAGCACUGCGUUUUCUUUAGCAGAGCGCUGGCCACGCUCUGGAAACACACACUGGAAGCUUCACACACUCUCUCAUAGGGACAUAACGACACACACACACACACUCAGUCAGCUUCCACCUCAGAGGAUUUACAAGUUGACUCCUAUCAUGAUGUGCUGAUGACUGCAUGCUGACUGGAACCAAGCCUGUCCAUCUUUGGUCUGGACCAUGGAGGUUAGUAGCACUGGAUGGUAGAGACAGAGUCUAAGAGACAUUUCAGGACGAGUGCGUGUGCCAGGAUGGCGGGGUGCGUGUGGACUCUCACCCUCAUACUUUGUGUGGUCCUGUGGAGCGACUUUGAAGUGCAAGGAGCAAAAAACAACUAUCCGAGACUACGACUGUCCCAUAAAGAGCUCUGGGAUUUGAACAGGACCUGGGUGUUCCAGGCUGGAGAGGGGGUUCUACAGCAUUACAGUAUGCUGCUGGAUGAGACUCAGGAGAGGCUGAUCAUUGGCGGGAAAGACAUCCUCUAUUCUCUUAACCUAGACAGAGUCAGUGCACCUCACAGUGAGAUCCAUUGGGCUAGUUCUGAGGAGCAGGUGGAGCAGUGUCUCAUGCAGGGCAGGGAGAAGCCGGAGUGUGCCAACUACAUCAAGCUGAUUCAGCAGUAUAACAGCACUCACCUGUUAACGUGCGGCACUGGAGCCUUUAGCCCAGCAUGUGCUUACAUCAGAGUCAGCCACUCAAUGGAGCAGAACAGAGUGUUUCAACUGGAGUUAGAGCAUAUAGAGAGUGGCAGAGGGAAAUCUCCCUUCCAUCCCAACAGCCCCACAAUCUCCACUGUGUCCAGAGGGCAACUAUUUGUAGGUCUGUACACUGACUACUGGGAGAAUGAUGCAGCGUUGUAUCGCCUAGGCAACCAUGGCUACACUAGAACAGAAGUUGGUGACAGACAGCAGCUGAACGAGCCCAAGUUUGUAGGAUCUGUGGCCAUCCCUGAUAACGACGACCCUGCAGAUGACAAAGUUUACUUCUUCUUCACUGAGAGAGUGCCCAACACAGAGGGAGGACAUAAGGCUGUCUACAGCAGAGUGGCCAGAGUGUGUGCUAAUGACCACGGUGGUCAGCGAAUGUUGGUGAAUAGGUGGAGCUCAUUUCUGAAGGCUCGUUUGAUCUGCUCAGUGGCAGGACCCAAUGGCAUUGACACACACUUUGAUGAGCUGGAGGAUGUGUUUGUGCUGAAGAAGAAGGAUGAGAAGAAUCCUGAAAUCUUUGGCUUGUUCAGCACAACCAGUGCGGUAUUUAAAGGAUAUGCGGUAUGUAUGUAUAACAUGGAGGAGAUUCGUGCAGUUUUUAAUGGGCCAUUUGCACAUCGGGAGCGCGCUGACCACCACUGGAGUGUGUAUGAAGGGAAAGUGCCAUACCCUCGCCCUGGAUCUUGUGCCAGUAAGAUUAAUGGGGGUCAGUUCUCCAGUUCUAAAGAGUACCCUGAUGAGGUUCUGCGAUUUGUGCGUUCCCAUCCUCUCAUGUUCCAGCCGGUGCAGCCGGUCCACAGGCGGCCCAUUCUGCUUGACACGGAUGGAAGACGCAGGCUCACUGAGCUUGCUGUGGACAGAGUGGAGGCAGAGGAUGGUCAUUACAAUGUCCUGUUCAUUGGCACAGAUGACUCAGUUGUGUUAAAAGUGAUCACCAUCUUCAACAAGGAGGCCAACACAGUUGAAGAAGUACUCUUGGAGGAGUUACAAGUGUUCAAGGUUCCUGUACCAAUCACAGAAAUCAUCAUCUCAACUAAAAGACAACAGCUGUAUGUUGGAUCAGAGGUGGGUGUGGCUCAGGUUCGUGUACAUCAGUGUGGUCUAUACGGCUCAGCCUGCGCUGACUGCUGUCUGGCUAGAGACCCCUACUGCGCCUGGGAUGGACACACCUGCUCUAGAUACUACCCUGCUGGCAUUUACACAAAGAGGCGCUUCAGAAGGCAGGAUGUCCGUCAUGGCAAUGCUGUUCAGCAGUGUAACGGUCUCCAGCUGAAUGAUGCUCAGAGUGUGUUAGAGAAGCUGGUGUAUGGUGUGGAGAAAAAUAGCACUCUGUUAGAGUGUAGACCCCGGUCCCUGCAGGCUUUACUCACUUGGUACAUGUUGAAAGGACUGGACAUGGAGGAGAUAAAAGGUGAUGAGCAUAUUAUUCAGACAUCUCACGGCCUGUUGUUUCUGACAACAAAGAAGUCUGAUGCGGGUGUAUACGUGUGCCAGUCAGAAGAGCAUGGCUUUGUUCAGACCAUAGUGAGGGUCACUCUGGAGGUACUGGAGGAGGAACGGGUCGAGAGCCUGUUCCAUCGAGGAGAAUAUGAAGAGAAGGAGGUUCAGUUCAGAUCUCCUCCCUGCCCCUUCCCCAGCCUGCCUUCAGCCCCUUCUGCCACCAAGCUCUGGUACAAAGACUUCAUGCAGCUGAUUGGCUACAGUAACUUCCAGCGAGUGGAGCAGUACUGUGAGAGAGUGUGGUGUGCCUCUGACAGGAAAAGGAAGAAGCUUAAAGGCCUACCGCCCAAGUGGCGCUACUCUCAGGGGGCCGAGCGCCAUGGGAAAGCUCGGGCGCCCAGACACACACGGGACCACUGAGGAUCAUGUGGGAACACAGUAAUACCCUGAACUGAUUCUACAGACCACAGGGUUGCACUCAUGCUUACAAAUAAUAUUCAUAGUUAUUUCGAUCAUUAUGUUAUAAUAUGAACUAUGAAAUAUAAAUGCAACUGAGGUAUGUUUGAGUUUUAGUGAUGCCAUGUAACGAAGCUUUUCCAGGCACAAAUGAAUCCACUCUUAACAAUAAAUAGCCAUUUGGAUCGAUGCCAUAGAAGAAACAUUUUAGUUCCCUAAAGAACCUGGUUUAAAUGUUUUUAGGUACCAUUUAGGAAGCUUUAAGAGUGAAGAGUGUACCCUUAUGCUAAAGCGCAUUGUCAGUGAGAAUUCUUUCAUGUAAAGCUUUUUUAGUCUAGGACCUUGACUGUGUCUGGAAAUCUUGUCCUUGGUGUUUGGUUUGGAGUGUGCUAGACUGUAGAAGGUGGAUAAGAAUUGAUGUUAAAGUGUAUUUCUGUGUUUGGUGGUAAAGCUAGUUUUGAAGUGUGGAACAUUACAGUUAUGCUGAGGUUGCUUAUACAGUGACAUAUAGCAUUUUCCAGUGGAUGAGGCUGGUGGCAUUUUAAAAAAAGAUUCCAAAAAUGAAACAAAACAACCACACUGAUUCAUUUCACACAGCGGCAAACAUGGACAUGCAGUGCUUCCUUUUGCAACGACGUGAGCUGUCAUGUGAGAAGCUUCAGAAUAACUUUUCUUUGCUUGACAGCCUGAAUUGUGGAUUUCAGAACAAUCCCUUUCUCCGGAAUAGGAUGACUCAUCACUUCAAAAAAGAGCAAGCACUCUUCAUCCUCAAAAUCCCUGCUCACAAAGAGAGGCACAGCUCUGCGCACAUUCUUUAUGUAUUUAUCAUUUCUAUUUUAUAUUAAAUUAUUGUAGUUGGUGUUUGGUAGUGGUUUAGGUCAAUUUCUAUUUUAAACUGGAAAAUGUUGCUGUUUUUGUGUUUAGUAUUUCUAGGCUUUCAGAACACUGAGUAUAAGGAUCAUUGUCACAGGCCCAUGCUUUCAGCUUUAAGAAUCAAUCAACACAGACGGUCAUAUCUUGGACUUAAUAUCCGCAAACAUUAAUCAGUUCCCCAAUGAACCACUGAACUAACAUCAUCAUGAUGAAUCAUGUUAUGACCUCCAUACUAACAUAAAUGUAGUGUAUUCUGUUAGUUGGAGAUUGAUACCAAUGUAGAAAUCUGUUUUUAUGUAGUCCAAUAAAUGCCAUAAAUACUUG